UGAGAGAUGGAGCAAGAAAGUGGAGAUGGUGGAAGAAGAGGUGAGAUGAGUAAGCUUGUUCAAGCUCAUCCUCAACCUCAGAAGUGUCCUAGGUGUGAUUCAUUCAACACCAAGUUCUGCUAUUACAACAACUAUAGCCUAUCUCAGCCUCGUUUCUUCUGCAAAACAUGCAGAAGGUACUGGACUCAAGGUGGAACAUUGAGAAAUGUUCCUAUUGGUGGUGGUUGUCGUAAGGGAAAGAAAUCCAAAACUCCAUCAUCCUCAACACCAUCAAGUAAUUCUUCUCUGUCUCAGCCAACACUGCCACAAUCAACCGAUCAGUUGACCAUGGCUGCUAUGGCUAAAAACUCUUCUUCUGUUUUUGCUUCAUUUUCCUCUGCUGCUUCUUUUUAUCAAGGAGGUGUUGUUGGUUACAUGUCGCCUUUUGCUGCAUUUAAUCAUUCUUUAAAUUCAAAUCCAUCAGCACACUCUGCAUCACACACUUUUGAACAGUCUCAGAAUCUUGGUGUUGGAGUUGGUCUUGGUCUUGGUUCUUCUUCAAAUUUGAGCCUUUUACAAGGUUUCAAUGUUGCUGCUGCUGCUCUUGUAAGCUCAUCACAAGGACAAAAUCGUCCACCUCCGCAACAAUUCUUUCAACUAGGUGGUAAUGGAUCAGGACCAAUGUUUACCUCUCAACCACGAGGUUUGAAUUUGAUUCCUCCAUCUACCAUGGUUAAUGCUACUACUUCUGUUGCUACUGUUUCUACUGCUUAUAAUGAAAAUUGGCCUCAAAGCUUCAUCAAUAGUGGUAACAACAGAGCCUCUGAUCAAUCUUUAUGGAGUACUAUCAGCACCACUUCAAUUAAUGGUGUUGGUGCUGGUGCUGGUGGUAGCCGUGGUGAUGUUGGUGUUGGUGGUAGCCGUGGUGCUGGUGCUGGUGCUGGUGGUAAUGGUAGUGUUGGUGCUGGGGCUAGUGGAUCUGCUUCUUUGGCUCUAAAUCAAUGGCAUGAUCUGUCAGAGUUCAAUCCUCCUCAGUGAUCUUAUUCAUGUUGUUGCUGCACCUAGAAAAUCCAAAGAUAGAAAGCAUAGCUCUGAGAAAUUAAUCUAUCUUGUUUCGUUUUUUUGAAUAAAAGGUCU